GUCGAUAUGAAAGAAAAUUAGUAUAGUUUUCUGUAAACAACAGUAUUCUUAACUGACAGUUAGUAUAUAAUAUUAGCUCCUUCUUAUUUCACUAAAACAUUUGAAAUACCAUAGUUAUUGACCAGUUGGUUCAACCUUUAGCUCUAACGUAAAUGUAUGCAUUGCUCUUGUAGGUUGCUGCGUUAAGAUAUUCAAUGAUUAUCUAAUUAUAAAGAGAUAAUAGAAAUGUAAAUCAUGGGGUAUCACCUAUGUGGUAUAAAGUUGAAGAACUUGUCACGAUGCCUGAAAACCAUGAGUCUGAUAAGUGAUAUGAUUAUGAAUGCGUACUGCAGAAAGGUCUCACAUUUUGGUGAAAAAGCUGUACGCUAAAUAUAGGCUGCAAUCUACUGUGUGAGAGAACAAACCAGAUCCCGGUGAAGAAGAAAUCAGAAUGAAGCACUGGAAGUGGAUAGGACACACAUUGAGGAAAGCAUCAAACUGUGUCACAACGCAAGCCCUCUCAUGGGAUCCUCUUGGCCAAAGGAGAAGUGGAAGAUCAAAGAUGGUUGGCGGCCUAUACUCCAUUGGGAGUAACAGGCAUAUGUAAGUAAUAUUCUAUGGACGUGAUUUAGAAGAUGAUGUGAACGAUAAUACUGAACAUCCUUUUAAAUCAAUAUAUAUCGCUUUACUGAAAUCGAAUAGAGAUGAAUUCACAUUUAUAGAUGGAAAUCUUGUACGAAGAGAUGUGGAAGAACUACUUAGAGCAAUGAAACAAGACAUUAAAAUUGAUGAAUCAAAAUUCAUGCCUAUCUUGAUUACACGAUCCUAUGGUCACUUACGAGCUGUAUUCAAUGAAUAUUCGUUACAUAGUGAACGUGAUUUGGAAGAGGAAAUGCGUGGACAUGCAGUCGAUUGUAUACUGUCUAUUGUCCGUUGUAUACAAAAUAGACCAAGAUAUUUUGCUGAAAAAUUAGUCAAGGCUACGGAAAAUGCAGAAAAAGAUUAUGGAACAAUUAAUCGAAUUAUUGUCUCUCGUUGUGAAGUUGAUAUGGGACGAAUUAUGGAAGAAUUUCUUGAUUUAAAGGGAGAACCAUUAUAUAAGUGUAUAGAAUGUUUUAGAAACGACUCAUCAAACCAGGUAAAAUCAGUUAUUGAACGAUAUUUCUUGAAUUUGGCACUGAAUAAUUAUCGAUGUCUGUUAUUGAAGCUUAUCAACGGAUAAUCUACUUACCAAUUACAUUAUUAAUCAUAUAUUUACAGUGAUUAAAGUCAUCAAACAAUUACGAAGUUAUUCUGCAGACGUCAACGAUUUCCGGCUUCACAAAAUAUAUUUCUUGACAUGUUUCGAUUCACAAUGAACAAAAGUAUUUUCAUCGUUUAACAAGAAUUGUAUUAACAAAUGAAAAUAUUAUUAUUCACACUUAUUUUCUCCCCCUAUCUCCUCUUUCUCUCUCUCCGUCUCUCUCUCCCUCUGUCUUUACCCUAUACUCCAUUUGAUUAAUCUCCUAACAAAAUGUAGUAAUAAGAUACGUUCGCUUAACUAUUCUGUUUCAAUGAAUACAAUUAUUUUGUUAUAAGAUCGAUUUGUUCAAGUUUUCAUUGAGAGGAGUGAGUGGUGUGAAGCAAGUUGAAAGAUAUUAGUUUAUUCAACUGAAUGAUCAUUAGGUUGUUUAUCAUGAGUUCUCUAACAAGUCAAAUCGGAGAACAACAAAGGAAAGAUAAAUUCAGUGUUACUUCAGGACUUUUAAACAAAUCAUGCAGCAAAUCAAACUGUGACUUCUUCAUGUUGUGUAUUGACCAGUUAGAAUGAAAUAUGCAUGUUUUAGAAUGCAUUCUGUUUUCGAUCUAGUAAUAGACAUUGAUUAAUCUGGUGAAGACCACCUCGUUGAACGAAUAUAUUUCACUCAACUUCAGUUUACUUAACAUUAAUCCUCAUCCUCCCA